AUGACUGCUGAAGUUAAGGUUGAGGAGAAACAGGUGGAGUCAGAGGUUGUUAUUGCUGCUGCAGUUGCUCCAGUUGAUGAGGAGACAACGGUGAAAGCUGUUGUGGAAGAAGAAGUGAAAGCUGCGGAAGAGAUUGAGAACAAGGCUGACGAAGAUGAGAGCAAGCCCAAGGGUGUGGAGAAGAGCGCUUCUUUCAAAGAAGAGAGCGAUUUCUUCUCUGAUCUGAAGGAAUCCGAGAAAAAGGCCCUGAGCGAUCUGAAGACGAAGCUUGAGGAAGCCAUUGUUGAAAACACUCUCUUCAAGAAGAAGAAAGAGAUCCCUGUGGUGAAGGUGGAGAAGAAGAAGGAAGCAGAGGAAAAGGCUGAAGAGGAGAAGAAGGCUGAGGCUGCUGUUACCGAAGAUGAGAAGAAAGCUGAGACUGUUGUUGCCGAGGAAAGCCCCAAAGAGGAAAACCCCAAAGAAAAAGCUGCUGUAACGGAAGUAGCUAAAUCUGAGGCAGUUGAGGAGGCUGUUGUUGCAAAGGAGAGCCCCAAAGAAGAAGUGAAGACUGAGUCUGUUGUUGUCAAAGAGGAGGACGCUGAGGAGGAAGUGAAAGCUGAGAACGUGGAAGAAGAGAAGAAAGCGGAGGCUGUUGUAACGGAAGAAGCCAGAGCCGAGACUGUAGAGGAGGAAGAGGAAGAAGAUGAGACGGUGGAUAAAGAUAUCGAGCUAUGGGGAGUGCCAUUGCUUCCAAGCAAAGGAGCUGAAGGCACGGAUGUGAUCCUCUUGAAGUUCUUGAGAGCAAGAGACUUCAGAGUCAAUGAAGCCUUUGAGAUGCUGAAGAAAACCCUCAAGUGGAGGAAGCAGCAGAACAUUGACUCGAUCCUUGGAGAAGACUUCGGGGAGGAUCUCGCCUCUGCUACUUGCAUGAACGGCGUUGACCGCGAAUCCCGCCCUGUCUGCUACAAUUUCCACGGCGUCUUCGGCAACGAGGAGCUGUACCAGACGGCGUUUGGGUCGGAGAAGAACAAGGAGAAGUUCUUGAGGUGGAGGUUUCAGCUGAUGGAGAAGGGAAUCCAGAAGCUUGAUCUGAAACCAGGAGGUGUUACUUCUCUUGUCCAGAUCCAUGACCUCAAGAACGCUCCUGGUGUGACAAGAAAACAGCUCUGGUGGGUCACAGUCAAGCGCGCGAUCCAAGACUUGCAGGACAACUACCCUGAAUUCGUAUCCAGACACAUUCUCAUCAAUGUUCCGUUCUGGUUCUAUGCCUUCAACGCUGUCCUGUCUCCAUUCUUAACACAGCGAACCAAGAGCAAGUUUGUUGUGGCUCGUCCAGCUAAAGUCACAGAGACUCUUCUCAAGUACAUUCCAGCAGAGGAGAUCCCGGUUCAGUACGGUGGUUUCAAAAGGGAAGAUGAUACUGAAUUCUCUAACGAAGCUGUUUCUGAAGUUGUCGUCAAGCCUGGAUCAACUGAAACCAUCGAAAUCCCAGCUCCUGAGGCUCAAGGAACAUUGGUUUGGGACAUUGAGGUUUUGGGAUGGGAAGUGAAUUACAAGGAAGAGUUUGUGCCAGCAGAUGAAGGAUACACCAUAAUUGUCCAAAAGGGGAAGAGAGUAGGAUCGAAUGAAGGACCGAUCAGGAACAGUUUCAAGAACAGUGAGUCUGGUAAGAUUGUUCUUACGGUUGACAAUGUCUCCAGCAAGAAGAAAAGAGUUGUUCUGUACAGGUACAAGACCAAGACGGAAUCCUCUUCCUGA